AUGACUUGGGAAGACGUAGUCGCUGAUAAGUUAAAGCGCCUAGAGGCAACCAUUCCCCAAGAAUGGCGCCUCCAGGCGCCGCCAACGGAGGACUCGGUGAUGGACUAUCCUAAGAAAAGCGGAAUCAUGACUCCUGAGGAGAUUGCGAUUACCGAGUCUUCUGCUACGGAUUUAGUCGCAAAGAUGGCAGCGGGCCAAUUGACCUCGGUCGCCGUGACGACUGCUUUCUGCAAGAGAGCAGCUCUCGCCCAUCAACUGACCAACUGCUCUCUCGAGUUCUUCCCCGAGAUGGCCCUGGCACGUGCCAAGGAGCUCGACGCUCACUUAAAGUCCACCGGGAAGACCGUUGGGCCCCUUCACGGCCUUCCAAUCUCGCUCAAGGAUCAAUUUAGAAUCAAGGGCCUAGAAACCUCCAUGGCAUAUGUCGCCUGGAUUGGAAAAUUUGAGGAGGGAAACUCCGUUCUCGUGGAUCUCCUUCUCAAGGCCGGUGCGGUCUUUUACGUCAAGACCAGUGUUCCACAAAGUUUGAUGGUUUGUGAGACUAUCAAUAAUGUUACUGGCCGCACCGUCAACCCAAGAAACAAGAACUGGUCUUGCGGUGGAUCAUCUGGGGGCGAAGGAGCCAUGGUUGGAUUCCGCGGAGGCAUCAUUGGUGUUGGAACUGAUAUCGGUGGAUCUAUCCGAGUCCCCGCAGCGUUUAACUUCCUAUACGGAAUCAGACCUAGCCAUGGCCGGUUGCCAUACGCAAAAAUGGCAAACAGCAUGGUAGGCCAGGAGACGGUCCACAGCGUCUGUGGGCCCAUGACACAUUCCGUCGCAGACAUGCGCCUUUUCAUGAAGUCCGUUCUGGCCCAAGAGCCAUGGCAAUAUGACUCCAAAGUCGUGCCAAUGCCAUGGAGACAAUCUGAGGAAGAUGCCAUCAAACCGAAGCUAUCGUCAGGAGGCUUGACUGUUGGAUACUUCAACUGCGAUGGAAAUGUCCUCCCUCAUCCACCCAUCCUCCGCGGUGUCGCGACCGUCGCCGAGGCACUCAAGAAAGCCGGCCAUACUGUCUUCGAAUGGGCGCCCUACAAGCACCCCUUCGCCGUAGACCUCACCAACAAAAUCUAUGCCGGAGACGGCGGAACCGACAUUUUCAACACCCUUAAGGCGUCCGGCGAGCCCCCUAUCCCCAACUUUAAGGAGCUGAUCAAUCCCUCACUUCCUAAGGUCGACAUGAACGAGCUAUGGGAUGUGCAACUCCAGAAAUGGAAUUACCAGAUGGAGUAUCUCGAGCAAAUCCGCCUCGUGGAGAAGAAAUUAGGAAGAGAGGUUGAUGCUAUCAUUGCGCCGAUCACACCCACUGCGGCUGUCAGACACAACCAAUUCAAGUACUAUGGUUAUGCCACCGCGAUCAACUUACUUGAUUUCACCAGUGUCGUUGUCCCUGUUACCUGGGCGGAUAAGAAUAUCGAUAAAAAGAACGAGGCAUACAAGCCAAUCACCGAGAUCGAUGGUGUUGUCCAAGCUGAAUAUGACGCUGAGGCAUACCACGGAGCUCCUGUUGCUGUUCAGAUUAUCGGCAGGCGCUUGACUGAGGAGAGAAUUAUGGCUAUUUCGGAAGAAAUUGGCAGAUUGCUUGGAAAUGAAAUCACCCCAUGA